UACAUUUGGCCCAUUUUACAGGGUGGACAUAAUUAUUUAUAUAUGAAACCCCCGAAUUUGACCUGAAAGCCAUGGAAUAUAGAUCUUUGAGACAAUACCCAGAUGAAAUCUGAGCCUGAAUUUUGAGCUGCAAUGGCAAAGUUGUUAGCUUUGGGGUUAGUGGCGGUGUUGGGAUUGGUGGGUCUGGGCAUUGAGGGUGUGGAAACGGGUCAAAAGGCUCCAUGGAGGAUUCACACGCUGUUCUCGGUGGAGUGCCAGAACUACUUCGACUGGCAAACUGUGGGGCUCAUGCAUAGCUUCAAGAAGGCCCAGCAACCAGGGCCAAUAACAAGACUGCUCAGCUGUACGGACGAGGAGAAGCAGAAAUACAGAGGGAUGGAUUUGGCUCCAACUCUUGAGGUCCCUUCUAUGAGUAGACACCCCAGGACUGGUGACUGGUACCCUGCGAUUAACAAACCUGCUGGAGUAGUGCACUGGCUUGAAAAUAGUAAAGAUGCAGAGAAUGUUGAUUGGGUUGUGAUUCUGGACGCAGACAUGAUCAUCCGUGGCCCAAUAAUACCUUGGGAGCUUGGUGCUGAGAAAGGCAGACCUGUUGCAGCUUAUUAUGGGUAUUUGAUUGGAUGCGAUAAUAUACUAGCUAAGUUGCACACAGAACACCCAGAGCUAUGUGACAAAGUUGGUGGGCUUUUAGCCAUGCAUAUAGAUGAUCUUCGAGCCUUGGCUCCUAUGUGGCUUUCAAAAACAGAAGAAGUGCGAGAAGAUAGAGCUCACUGGGCAACCAAUAUAACUGGUGAUAUAUAUGCAAAAGGGUGGAUCAGUGAGAUGUAUGGAUACUCUUUUGGUGCAGCAGAAGUCGGACUUCGUCACAAGAUCAAUGAUAACUUGAUGAUAUACCCUGGCUAUAUUCCAAGAGAGGGAGUUGAGCCUAUACUUUUUCACUAUGGCUUGCCAUUCACAGUGGGAAAUUGGUCUUUUAGUAAAUUAGAUCACCAUGAAGAUGAUAUAGUCUAUGACUGUGGUCGGCUCUUUCCUGAACCCCCGUAUCCUAGAGAGGUGCAACUCAUGGAAUCUGAUCCAAAUAAAAGACGGGCCCUAUUUUUAAGUAUAGAAUGCAUUAACACUUUGAAUGAGGGUCUCUUAUUACAACACAAAGCAAAUGGAUGUUCUAAACCUGGUUGGUCAAAAUAUUUGAGCUUUUUAAGGAGCAAAACUUUUGCCGAACUUACUCGACCAAGAUUUCUGACUCCUCCUACCCUACAAACUAUGGAUGAAUCAAUACAGACUGUACAGAAGCAGGUCAUUGAUAAGCCUGGGAAGAAAUAUCCAAAAAUUCACACCAUUUUCUCCACAGAAUGUACCACAUACUUUGAUUGGCAGACUGUAGGACUUGUCCACAGCUUUCACCUAAGUGGCCAACCAGGAAAUAUCACACGACUUCUCAGCUGUACUGAUGAAGACUUGAAGAAGUAUACUGGUCAUGAUCUGGUUCUCACCCAUUAUGUUCCAUCUAUGAGUCGACAUCCAUUAACAGGCGAUUGGUAUCCAGCAAUCAAUAAACCUGCUGCAGUCCUUCACUGGCUUAACCAUGCAAACAUCGAUGCAGAGUUCAUAGUAAUUCUUGAUGCUGAUAUGAUCUUGAGAGGUCCGAUUACACCAUGGGAGUUCAAAGCAGAACGUGGGCGGCCAGUUUCAACUCCCUAUGACUACCUCAUUGGCUGUGAUAAUGAGCUUGCGAAACUCCAUACUCGCCAUCCUGACGCAUGUGACAAGGUUGGAGGUGUAAUCGUCAUGCAUAUAGAUGAUCUCCGGAAGUUUGCUAUGCUAUGGUUGCAUAAAACCGAGGAGGUCCGGGCUGACAAAGCUCAUUAUGCUACAAAUAUCACAGGAGAUAUAUAUGCAUCUGGAUGGAUUAGUGAGAUGUAUGGUUACUCAUUUGGUGCAGCAGAGUUGAAAUUAAGGCAUAUCAUUAACAAGGAGAUAUUGAUAUACCCGGGAUACAUUCCUGAACCUGGUGUCAGUUAUAGAGUUUUCCACUACGGAUUGGAGUUUAAAGUUGGGAAUUGGAGCAUUGACAAGGCAAACUAUAGAAAUGUUGACAUGAUCAAUAAAUGCUGGGAAAAGUUUCCAGACCCACCAGAUCCUUCAACACUUGAUCAGGCUGAUGAGGACAUACGACAGCGGGACCUGCUUAGCAUAGAAUGUGCAAAGACACUAAAUGAGGCACUACAUCUGCACCAUAAGAGAAGGAACUGCCCUGAUCCUAGUACCAUUUCCACCUCAAACUUGAAUUCAGGCAAGGAUGACACAAUGUCAAGGAAAUUCGGUAGUUUUGAUGAAAUAACUGCUUCUAGAAGCAACCAGAUGCCAAAGAAUAAUUCUCACGAAUCGUCAAAACCUGCUAUGAUAGAUGGGACAUUUAGUUCUUUCAGGUUUUGGGUUGUUGCUCUAUGGGUGUUUGCUGGCCUGGGUUUCUUAGCAGUCAUGUUUGUGGUGUUUUCUGGUCCUAAAAGAAGAGGAACAAGGGGUAAAAUUUACAGAAACAAGAGAAGAUCCUCAUAUUCAGGAUACUCGGAUAUGAAUGGACGUGAUAGACAAAUUCGCAGUGCUGAUGCAUCCUUAUGACAUUUAUUUUUUGGGGAGUUAUAGUUUGAGAACCACACCAUGUGAAAGAAGACAAGCUACAUCAGAAGAUUGAGACAAGAGUGAUGAGAAGUAGAGUAACUGAGUGUACACUAUGUUGAAUCAGCUAGACUAAUCCAUUCUAGCGUUCAGCCUCCGAAUAUAUUUUAGCAGUUUUCGUGGUAGUCAAAAACUCAAGAUGGACAUGGGAAAUAGGACACCCAAAAGGAAAGGUAGCAUUUGUAUACCUAGGGAUUCUUAUCUGUAUCAAAUUGUACAAUUGCUUACUCUUUGGUUAAUGUUAUAUGUUUGAUGCUUGUACACUUACAUAAUAAAGUAUAAUCUAUGUUACAGAAAUUUGGAUGCUC